CGCAACCCGUGUCACCCGGAACAAUAACUGAAACUUGGCCAAGGGUUAUGGUUAUGACGGGAGCAAAAAAAGGUUUCAGUGCGAUCAAAUAUUGUUUAUCUAGCGCAGGGAGUGGUGUGUCCUUCGUCUGGGUUUACGACCCAUCACUAAUUCAUAGAGAAAGAAAACUGUUCGAGGUAGUUCUGUACUUGUUAGGUGUGGUUUUGCCCGUCGAGCCUGUUGAUUUCACUGUCUCCCGAUGUCUUCCGCCGCCUGGUUAAACCGUUACAGGACAGAUGACGGUCCUGUAAUCUUGGAUGGUGGAUUAGCAUCUGAACUCGAAGCGCAGGGUAUCCAGAUGCAGGGGGAUCCAUUAUGGAGUGCCAGAGUUUUGCAAACUAAUCCACAGGCUAUAAAAGAAGCUCACCACAGAUAUCUCCUUAGUGGUGCUGAUGUUAUUACAACAGCCACAUACCAGGCAAGCAUCAAGGGCUUCGUCAGUUACCUGAACAUGACUCCAGAGGAGGCCAAGGAGCUGGUGAUGUCUGGAGUUCAUCUGGCCAAAGAGACUGUAGACAGAUUUCUCUCUAAGAAUCAUUCAAUAGAGCAAAAGAGCCCUAUGGUUGCAGCCUCUGUUGGGCCUUAUGGAGCAUUUCUGCAUGAUUGCUCAGAGUAUACUGGGGCUUAUGCAGACAACAUGAGUGUUGAGGAGCUUAAAGGUUGGCAUCGGGCACAGGUCAGCUGCUUAGUGGCAGCAGGAGCUGAUCUCAUUGCGUUUGAGACGUUCCCAAGUAUCAAAGAGGCGGAGGCUGUGGUGGAGCUGCUCAGAGAAUUUCCUAAUGCUAAAGCCUGGCUGUCUUUCUCUUGUAAGGAUGAGCGGUGUAUAUCUGACGGCAGUUUAUUUACUGAGGCUGUCCAGAUUGCCAAAAGAACCAAGCAGUUGGUUGCUGUCGGGGUCAACUGCUGUUCACCCACCUUGGUCACACCACUCCUGGACUCUGCCAAAUCACUGCGGAGUCCAGACAUGAGCUGGGUCGUGUACCCCGACAGUGGAGAAGAUUGGGACGAAAACACUGGGUGGCUACCAUCAGAGAAAAUACCAAUAGCUGAACUAAGCCUUGACUGGAUGAAGCAAGGUGCAGCACUGAUAGGGGGCUGCUGUCGCAUUGGUCCUGCUCAGAUAGCAGAGGUAAGACAGCACCUAAAAAGAAGUUACACGUCUCAAGGCUCAGCGAUGGGACUGGACUGAGCAGGAAAAUCUCCACAUACUGUAGAGACACACCUCUGCAAAUAUGAGAGAGAAUUUCUGGAUAUAGGCAACACCACAGGAGUAAAAAUGAAUUAUUCUUGAAGUCUUUAAGAAAGAUGGUGGCUGAUUCAGGAGUUUAUAAAAAAAAACUUCAUUUAUUGGGAAAAAAACAAAACAAAUAAAUAAAUGAAUAAAAUAACAGCUACAUCAAAUCCACUUGAUACACAUUGACAACAGUGUUAGGUCAAAGACAGAUGGCACCGCAAAGGUGCAAACAGAGCCGGAAGUAUGGUUAUAUGAACAUAAAAAAAAACAACAAAAAAAAAAAACAUGCAAUCCUAUCUUUCUGUGGUUCACAUUUUGAGUCUAUUUGAGUGACAGGGAUUUCCAUGAUCACUUCUGUACAGCUCCAGUUUUUUAAACUGGGAUCGUCUAUGCUUUAACACCCUUAGGUUUCACAGAGCACAACAAAACGUCAGCUGCUCUCACAGCAGCAUGUUCACUGAACAGCAGUCUACUGCACUAGUCACUAUGUGUCAGCCAAAAAGACAAGCUGACGUUCCUGUACAAUGAAUUAUGGACUAAUGUUAUAUUUAAACAAGAUUUCAAUGCAUUGAUGCCAGACAUUUGUUUUCCUAGACAUUAGAUGAAUAUAACGUGUACACUAACAGUAUCACUGUAGUGAGUUUAAGUAGGAGUGAAGUACCCAUAAUUAAAUCCAGAGAAAUGUAUGUGAUUACUAUUCGGAUGAUUGGAAAGAAAAUGUUUGUAGAAUGGCUUUAACAUGUAAUAACACUGUAUCUCUUAUUUUGGUUUAAAUACUUAUUAUAAAU